UUUAAUAAUACCACCACCAAAACCCAGACUCGCUAGUGCCCUAGCUUCUUCUAUUCUAUUCUAUCCACACACCUCUUGUCAAAUUCAGUUCAAUCCCAAUCAACAACUAUAUUUUAAAUUACCGCCUUUGCUCGUUGAUUUCCAACUUCGCGCGAAAACAUGCAAUCCGACGGGAAAAAAGCUUCAUACAAUCCAGCUGCCACACUUGCUUCUCUCUUGGGCAAGAGAGAGAAGCUUCAGGAAGAGCUUCAUAAUAUUGAAAAACAGGUCUAUGAAUUGGAGACAAGCUACUUACAAGAAUCUAGUCAUUUUGGCAAUGCCUUGAAAGGAUUUGAUGGGUUUCUUUCUGCUUCGAAAAACACUACAAACCUAAAGAGAUCCAGAAAGUUUCAGCCUGAGGAUAGGAUCUUCUCAUUGUCCUCAGUCACCUCACCAGCGGUGCAGGCUGAAGAACAAGGAGUUGGACGAGAUGAUGGAAGAUCAGAUUUAGGUCAAGGUCGACCUAAGGGUGGAGGCUUAGCCACUAAUGGACAGGGAAAACCGAAGAAGGGAAGAGCUGGAGGAAGAGAUGCAAAGAAAAUCAGGAUGUCAAGCGAUUUAGAUCCCGAGGAUGAAGAUGAUCCUGAUUUGGGCUUGAGAUAACUACGUUCCUUUCUGAGAUCUGUACCUUAAUCCCUUAACAUACCCUUAAAAAUAAGUUUAUCUUUAUCUUGUAUAUCAAAUAUAAUUUUAUUCUUCUGUAGCCUAUUCCAGUCAAUUUGGUUUUAUUAUUAGUGUUCUGGAACUACUAGUGGUAUGGUAGAUGACUACGGUUUGUAAAUGUCUUUUUAGCCAUGCGGUACCCUUUAUUUUUUUUCAAUUAUUUGUAUCUGCUGGUGCUGUUGUAUUCUGACGAAUCUUGAUUUUGUAAAAUUGUAUUUUUAUAUGAUAAAAAUGGCGAUUUCAUGUA